AAGAAAUAUGUUCCAGGUAGUCAUAUAUACAAACCAUGAAAGAAAUAAAGUGAUUGGCUUAUUUUAACAGAUUAAAUGUCAUAUUUUCAAUUCAAUCUGCCCAAUAAAAUCCUCUCUUUAAAUGUCAACUUAACAAUCAUCACUAUAAAAGCAGAAAACGAUGAGAAAUAAAUUCAUAAGACUCAUUAAAAAUCAAACAUGAAGAGAAGAAUUCAAUGUAGCAUUGUUGGAGAGACAAUGGUUGGAAAAACUACCCUUUUGAAAUCUUAUGUCACGUGCAAACCGCCAGAAAUCUAUUCGCCAACAAUUUACGACAAUAUCAAAGGAUCUGUCGUUCUUGGCAAGAAAAAGUACAAAGUCAACCUCGUGGAUACUGCAGGCCAGCACGAGUACUCCAAUCUUUGUACCGCGACUUACAAAAAAAGCCGAGUGAUCAUCUUAUGCUACAGUGUGAUAGACAGACAAUCGUUCGACCGAAUUAAAACCUUCUGGAUUCCCGAACUCCGAAAGAAUCUGGGAAAACGCGUACCCAUUGUUCUUACAGCCACGCAUACGGACCUCCGAAAUGACAAAUAUAUCAAGAGAUGCAUAGAGGUGGUGUGGUCCAGCGAGGGGAAACAGUUGGCGGACAGUUUUGGGGCAAAGGGUUUUUAUGAAAUAUCCAGAUCCAACAUUUCUCAAACUAAUGACAUUUUUGAAUGUGCCGUCAAGGCUGUAGUUGGCGAGAAGAGGACAUUGUUUACUAUUUUUAAAAAAGUAUUUUGUAAUACCCGAAGAAAUAAAAACUGACAAAAAUGUUUAUGUUUUGCUUCGGUUUGGUAUAGCAUGGAUCAAGGAAAGGGUGGGCAUACUUUCAUGAUAAAUUG